UCUCCCCUCCAGCCCUUCUACAUAAAAUCAUCAGUCACAUCACGUCCAGAAGGCCCCGUCACAGCCAUGGCAGACCGACACGUCACCCAACAGAACAUCUUCAGCCUGCUGAACAAGCUCGACGACCCGGAUGCCGACCUGCGAUAUAUGUCCCUCAAUGACCUGUUCGGCAUUUUGAACAACCCUGCCUCCUCUUUCCUUGCGAGCGAUCCCCGGUCAUCGACCAAGCUGGCCGAUGGGCUCCUCAAGGCUCUGGACGACCAGCAUGGCGACGUGCAAAACCAGGCGUUGAAAUGUCUCGGCCCCUUGGCUACUCGAUUGCCAUCCGAAGCGCUCAUGCCCCUGCUCGAAGAAUUGACCAACCUCACCUCCUCACAAACGAUAGACACUUCCGUCCCAAACACCGCCCUCCGCACCAUUGUCGAUACCCUUCCUCGUCCUCACGUCGGACAGCCUGCGACCCCGGCUGCAACCACCGCAUACAACGCCGUAUCCAAGGUCUUGAUUCCCAGACUCACGGGCCCAACUCAAUCAGGCUCGGGCAGACGCGGCUCCGUCGUGAGGGGUAUGUUGGAGAAGGACCCGUCCAAGGGCUUUAGCAGCGAUGCCAUCGAUGUGCUCAUCAAGGUGGUUACAUGUUUCGGACCGCUGCUUCAGGAGCCGGAGCUGGCUGCCUUGACAGAGCCUGUCAUGGCCAUUAUCCAUAACGACACUGCUGGGACCGUGGUCACAAAGCGUGCCCUGGCGGCCAUCUCGGCACUGGUGCUUUUCUACUCUGAUCACCAGCUCAACGCCUUUGUCAAGCGCCUCGCGGAUACUUUGUCGUCACCCAAUAUCUCCACUGUCCACAGGCGGCAUUUGAUUGCAGCAAUCGGUACUAUUGCUCGAAGCGCCCCGGCCAAGUUCGGCCCACAUCUGAACAGUCUGGUACCCUUUGUCUUCUCUGCCGUCGGGGAAGAUGGCGUUACAGGAAACUGAGCUCUUUCCC